UGCACCUGACCCUGUUUGCUCACAGACAAUAAAGUGGAGGAGGGCGAGGGUUAGACGUGGUAUAAAAGGACAGGAGGUUUCUGGGGGUUACAUUGACCCGUAAUCUGCCAGGAUGCUGCUCAUUGCUCUCUUGGCCCUUCUCUGUGCCUCGGCCUCGGCCAAUGCCAUUCAGCCCCGGACCUCCUCCUACAAUGGUGAGUAUGGAGGCGGUGGCGGAGAGCGCUUCUCUCAUUCCGGCAACCAGCUGGACGGCCCCAUCACUGCCAUCCGCGUCCGCGUGAACAGAUACUACAUCGUGGGCCUCCAGGUGCGCUAUGGCAAGGUGUGGAGCAACUACGUGGGAGGCAAGCAGGGCGACCUGGAGGAGAUCUUUCUGCACCCCGGGGAGUCAGUCAUCCAGGUGUCCGGCAAGUACAAGUACUACCUGAGGAAGCUGGUCUUCGUGACCGACAAGGGCCGCUACCUGCCUUUCGGGAAAGACACGGGCACCAGUUUUAACGCUGUUCCCUUGCACCCCAACACGGUGCUGAGGUUCUUCAGUGGCCGUUCUGGCUCCCUCAUCAAUGCCAUUGGCCUUCACUGGGACUCCUACCCCAGUGACUGCAGCAGCUGCUGAGCCCUGGCUGCUUCCCGGGCGGAAGUGAUAAACACCCCAAAUCGUGACUCAAUAAAUCAAAAUGAUCAACGCUA